CUUUGAAUCUUGGAGAAGGUCAACAAACAACGUCGAGAAUAAUGGCUUCUCUUGGUGCUUCUUCUGCCAUCGCUGCCAUUUCUUCUCAAGGUUUCUUGGGUGGGAAGAAACUGAGGCUGAAGAAGAAGCUUAGUGUUCCAGCUGUUUCCAGGUCGGCUGCGUCCGUGCGCGCGGUGGCAGCAGAUCCCGAUAGACCAAUCUGGUUCCCUGGUAGCACUCCUCCAGAGUGGCUCGACGGUAGCCUCCCUGGUGAUUUCGGAUUUGAUCCUCUUGGUCUUUCAUCUGACCCGGAUAGUCUAAAAUGGAACGCACAAGCAGAGCUAGUCCAUUGGCGGUGGGCAAUGCUCGGAGCCGCGGGAAUAUUUAUCCCGGAGUUUCUAACCAAGAUCGGUAUCCUCAACACGCCGUCGUGGUACACUGCCGGAGAGCAAGAAUAUUUCACGGAUAAAACCACACUCUUCGUUGUUGAGCUCAUCUUAAUCGGAUGGGCCGAGGGACGUAGAUGGGCUGAUAUCAUCAAGCCCGGUAGCGUCAACACCGACCCAAUCUUCCCGGAUAACAAACUGACGGGCACAGACGUGGGAUACCCGGGUGGGUUAUGGUUCGACCCGUUGGGUUGGGGAUCCGGUAGCCCGGCUAAGAUCAAGGAGCUGAGGACCAAAGAGAUCAAGAACGGAAGGUUGGCUAUGUUGACAGUGAUGGGUGCUUGGUUCCAACAUAUCUACACUGGGAUUGGUCCUAUUGAUAACCUUUUUGCACAUCUUGCUGAUCCUGGCCACACCACUAUCUUCGCUGCUUUCACACCCAAAUGAGAACUCAAAAAGAGAGGAUAUGCGUUCAUGUGAUCAUGUUUGUACAAUAUCGUUUCUGAAAUGAAAGUAUUAGGUAUUUAUAUAAAUUGUGGUUGAAUGCAAAUUAGGGUUCGAGUAACACUGCUCUUUUCCUGACUAAAUGCUCAUAACAUGCUUUUACAUUACCAUCCCGGUCGAUGAGA